UAGUUGACUGAUAAAGAGAUUCACUACCUAAAGUCACACAGACGCAGGACAGUGCAGGGAGAAGACACAGCUACAAACGUACAUUAGAGUUGAGGUUAGAAGUAGAAGUUACUGUAUUUGAGCACAAUUGUAAGAUGUCAGAAGGAGUCUAUGAAAACACAGAUGGAUUUGAAGACAACAAAUCUAAUGCAAUGAAGAACACAGACAUCGAUGGCCAGUUAUAUGGCAACUUCAAACCCAGUCCAAGAGAUGGAGUUGUUGCGUCAGUACAUGUUCAGUGGUGGAAGAGACCCUCUGGAGUUGCUGCAGUGUGUCUGGGGCUGCUGUGUGUUCUUCUACUGGCUGGGAUCAUAGGCCUGUCUGUCUACUAUGAUGGGGUCUCUAAGAGCUUCAUAGCCUAUAAGACCAACUCAUCUGCAGAGAUAGAACAGCUACAGACCAGCUACAACAACCUGACUAAAGAGAGAGACCAGCUACAGACCAGUUACAACACCAUGACUAAAGAGAGAGACCAGCUACAGACCAGUUACAACACCAUGACUAAAGAGAGAGCCCAGCUACAGACCACUUACAACACCAUGACUAAAGAGAGAGACAAGCUACAGACUGAGAGAGAGUUUCUUAACUGGAGGCUUAUCAAUCUCAGAAAUUCGUAUGUUCAUCAAUAUAUUCAAACCUGUCCUGAAGGCUGGAAGAAGUUUGAAUCCAGUUGGUACUUCCUGUCUACUGAGACUAAAACCUGGAAGGAGAGCAGAGAGGCCUGUCUGGAGAGAGGAGCAGACCUGGUGAUCAUAAACAGCAGAGAGGAACAGACAUUUCUCUUCAACCUCAAGAAGAGAGUCUGGAUUGGUCUGACUGACUCUGUUACUGAAGGGACCUGGAAAUGGGUGGACGGCACCCCACUGACCACAAGGUACUGGUAUGCCAAACAGCCUGAUAAUUCAGGUCCUACUGGGGACGAGGACUGUGCUGAGAUACACGAAGAUCAGAGUCCUCUAAAGUCAUGGAAUGACAUGUCAUGUGACAGCAAACUCAACUGGAUGUGUGAGAAAGUGGUUUAA